AGACAUGUAAGAGGAAGAGAGGAGGUGUAGGGUUGGUAGCUCACAAAAAUAUAUUGCUCUCUUACUUUCCCCGAAGAGGUGGGACAGGUGUGUCUGACCAACUCAGGACUGUAGAAAUAGCAUUUUGAUCGUGAUUGGAUUUGUUGGGAGUGUUGAUAUCUAAAGAUGUUAUGAAAGAGACAAAGAUGGAGCUCGAAGAGACGGAGACCAAUUUGUCACCUUCCUGGUCUCCUGUAUCAAGAGAGAGACUCCUGACAUGUGCCAACCUUUCUGAUUUUGCAGGGAAAAAAAGGAAACAGGAUCCAAGCAGUGAUGCUGAGUUUUCAGCCCGAACCUCAGAAGAUUAUGAUGAAGAUGACUUUCCCGUUGAUCCCCCACACGACUCUGAGGGACCUUGUAACAAGAGGGUCAAACCAGUGGACAGGAGUAGUGGAGUUACAGGUAUUAUAACACCAGUGAAGACCCCUGCACUGAAACGGUUGGGACAGUCCAUCCAGCGGUCUAUCAGUUUCCGUACAGAAGCGCGGCCAAUGCCACCGAUGCCGAUUCGGACUCGUCAGAAGGCUUCUUCUUUCCCACGGCGACGCAGCAGCCAGCUGUGGAGUGACACUGUGGACAGCCUGGGCCAGGAGCUUAGCGCCAAAGAGAUUAAGAGACAGGAGGUGAUCUAUGAAAUGACACAAGGAGAGAAGCAGUUGAUAGAAGACCUCAAUUUGGUCAAAAAGGUCUACUAUGAGCCAAUGCUGAAACUGGACAUCAUGACGGAAAGUGAACUGGGUCAGAUAUUUGGGACUCUCGAUUCUCUGAUACCUCUCCAUGAAGAUUUUUUGGCUCGUCUGGAAGGGCUGCGAGGGUCGGAGAAGACGGUGGGGGAGGUUGGGCCGACCCUGCUGGACUGGUUCCCUUGCCUGGAUGCCUAUAUCACUUACUGCUGUAAUCAAGUGGGUGCCAAAGCCUUGCUAGACCAGAAAAAGCAGGUACGGCGUGUUGAGGAGUUCCUCCGCUUGUGCCAAGAGUCAUCCUUCAGCAGGAAACUGGACUUGUGGAACUUCCUGGAUCUGCCACGCAGUCGUCUUGUGAAGUACCCACUACUUCUGAAGGAGAUCCAGAAGAGUACGCCGCAUGAUCAUCCUGAUGAAGACACGCUGCCUCAGGCCAUGGAGUUAAUCCAGAGCAUCAUUACCAAGGUGGACCUUAAGACCGGCGAGGCUGAGUGCCAAUUUUACAAACGAGGUCUGUGCUACCCAGAGGAGGGUCAAAGAGUUCCAGAGAUUUAUGCCUCACGCUUUCUCUACUGCCAUGGUGAACUCAAGAGCACCAAAGGGCAGAAGCUGCAUGUGUUCUUGUUUGAGCUGGUGCUGGUUUUGACUCGCCCAGUGGUGCAGGACAAGGAAGGGAUGGUGCAGUUCCAGGUUUACCGUCAACCCUUACCUGCUGCCCAAAUCCUGCUGGAGGACCUGCCCGAUGGAGAGGGCAGCAGUUCUGGGUCCUUCCGCGGUGCCUUCACUGGCAAUGACAAAGUGAAGAACUGCUUCCGUGUGAGCAGCAGGGGGCGCACAAAGACUCAGUCGCACAGCCUGCAAGCCAACGACUUCUUCAACAAGCAGCAGUGGAUUACCUGUCUGCGCCAAGCCAUCGUUAAAUCGCGAGAUGGAGAUGCCCAGGCCAGCCAAUCCAAGACCCAGCUAAGUUUUGAGCCCCCGCUCGACCACAUCGCUGAACUGAGCCUGAAUUCCGAUGUGGAGAUGACAGACACAUAGGUCAGAGGUGACAUCACUUUACCAGGACAAAGCUAAUGUUCCCGGUCCAUACAGUCAGACACCUUACAUGGAAGGAGCUGAUGAAGUUUACAAACUUUCUUAGUAUCAGAGUGAAAGGUAUUUAUAUGAAUGGUUUGCGAUCUUCAAGGCACAAAGCUGUGUUUUAUGGUUCCUCUGAAACUAACCCUUAUAACCCUGUAUAUCAGACUGAAGAAUGUGUAAAGUGGUUGUGCUGUCUGAGUAAGUGUCUAUUAGGCAAUGAGUCCAAGAGCUCAUUCCUGUUUUCUAUGUAGCUUGUAGACUUGUAAUUAAGGCUCAGAAACAGUCAUUUGUAUAAUCGUAUACCAUGAUAUACAGUGCAUUAUGCAUUUAGUUACUGUUUGUGAACAAUGAGAGAGCAUCUGAUGUUGAAUGUGAAUGCCAUUGUAGAAAUUAAGAAGAGACAUUUUUGUUACAAACUUAAUUCCUCUGUUAAACUGACAGUUUUCAUGUGAAGUUGUGGCAGAGGUGGAACUAUUCACUUAUGGAUUUUGGAUUUUUGUGCCAUGAAUAAAUGUUAUUCUGUUGCCUAUA